AUGGGAAGACAAGAGCCCACCGCGGAGCCGCGGGUCACAUACUCGUCUGGUCGCUCUGGCGGCGGUGACGUACCGGACCUUCGGAUCAUGCACUACAACGAUGUGUACCAUGUUGAUCCUUCCAGCGCUGAACCAGUCGGAGGAUUUCCAAGAUUCAUGACCAUGUGCAAGGAGUACCGAAACGGCAGUCAAUUCGCCGGUCAGCCAGAGCUCAUCACCCUCUUUUCUGGCGACGCGUUCAACCCUAGUCUCGAAAGCAGUGUUACCAAGGGCAAGCAUAUGAUCCCUGUUCUCAAUGCCAUUGGGACUGACGUGGCAUGCGUGGGAAAUCACGACUUUGACUUUGGCGUCAAGCAGUUUGAGGCGCUGACCGAAAAGUGCAAAUUCCCCUGGCUCAUUGCCAAUGUCCUGGAUCCGGCGCUGGGCAAAGACGUGCCUAUCGGGAAUGCCAAGCCGACGCACAUGAUGACGUCGUCCAACGGCAUCAAAAUCGGCAUCAUCGGCCUGGGAGAGCGCGAGUGGCUCGCAACCAUCAACAGCCUGCCGCCUGAUCUAAUCUACAAAUCCGCCACCGCCACCGCAAAGGAGCUCGUGCCCAAGCUCAGGGCGGACGGCGCCGAGAUCAUCAUCUGCCUCAGCCACCAGCGGGAGCCCAACGACGUCAAGCUGGCGGAGCAGACGGAUGGCCUGAUUGACAUCAUCCUGGGAGGCCACGACCACUUUUACAACCACCAGCUCGUCAACGGCACGCACGUGCUUCGUUCCGGGACCGACUUUAAAAAUCUCAGCUACAUUGAGGCCCGCCGGAGCAAAGAGCGCCCAGACAAGUGGGAUUUCGACAUCUGGAGGCGCGAUGUUACUUCGAAAGUAAAGGAGCACUACCCCUCGAAAAAGCUCGUCAAGAAUCUCACGGCCGACCUGAAGAAGUCGCUGGCCAAACCCAUCGGCUGGUGCGCCAUGCCGCUUGACGCGCGCUUCAGCACCGUCCGCACAAAGGAGUCCAACAUUGGAAACUUUGUCUGCGACAUCAUGCGGCAGCACUACCAUGCCGACUGCUGCAUCAUGGCGUCGGGCACGAUUCGCGGUGACCAAAUCUAUCCGCCCGGGGCGGUUCGAAUGAAGGACGUGACGACGUGCUUCCCUUUUGAGGACCCUGUCGUUUUGCUGCGCGUCACGGGCCAGGCCAUCUGGGACGCGAUUGAGAAUGGCGUAUCUACGUACCCCGCGCAGGAAGGCCGAUUUCCCCAAGUCUCGAAUAUCGUGUUUUCCUUUGACCCGUCGCGGGAGAGGAACAAGCGCGUGCUGUCACUCGACAUUGGUGGCAAGCCGUGCGAGCCGAAGAAAAAGUAUCUCCUCACCACAAGAGGAUAUAUGGGCAGAGGCAAAGAUGGCUAUGAUAGCUUGCUUGUCGAGUCGGAAGGUGGAAAAGCAGAAGAGCUCGUGGACGAAGAAAACGGCAUCCUCAUCAGCACCAUGCUGCGCCAGUACUUCAUGGCCCUCCGCACUGUCGGCAAGUGGCGCAAGCUCUCGGAGCACUGGGAGGCCGUGGCGUCCAAGCUCAAGAGCAACACGCAGGAGGACGCCGCGCGGGCCAUGUCCCCGUCCGAGGACCUCGAGCGGAGCCUGACGCUGUCGCGCGAGAGCUCCUAUCAAAACGACGCGGCGGACCGGAGCAACAGCUGGCACGGCUUCAUCCUGGCGCGGCUGGGCCACAACAAGCCGCCGCACGACGACGACGACGAAGACGACGAGGCGCUGCACGAGAUUGCGGAGGAUGGUGUGACUGAGGAAGAGGAGGAGAAGGAGGAGCAGGAGCUGGAUGUGGGCGCCGACCCGGACAAUGAGAUGGACAUUGAGAUUCUGCUGCUGAGAAAGUUUUGGGCGCGCUGGACGAGAAAGGCGGGCAUCAAGUCGUGCGUGUGCGAGCCGGCGGGCGAUGGGGGAUGCUUGGUGGACUGGACGAGGCUGAUUGCGCCGACGGUAGAGGGCAGAAUCACCAUGGUGGAAAGCAAGACGUAA